AUGGAGGCGCUGCGGCGGCCGGCGCUGCCCGAGGCCGCGGUGCGCUACCGCCUGUUCGCGGCGGCGGCGGCGGGCCCGGGCGGCGAGGCGCUGCUGCGGCGCUGCGCUGAGCUGGCCCUGGUGCGCUUGGCCCCGCUCCUGGCCGCCUGCGUGUGGCAGCGGCAGCCGUUCCGCCUGCGCUACGUGCCGGGCCGCGGUGAGCCGGGAGCGGGCCGGGAGGCACGGCGGGAGGAGCGCCCGGAGCCGGGGAGACUGGGAGGGGGAGCCGGCGGCAGGGAAGCGGGAGCAUGCGAGGGGGAUCCGGGAGCGUGUGAGGGGAAAGCGGGGGUGUGUGAGGGGGAUCUGGAGGCCGUAAUCGAGGAGCAUCUGAAGGGGAACCCGGGAGCGUGUGAGGGGGAGCCGGCGGCCGGGAACCGAGGGCAUGUGAAGGAGAACCGGAAUCGUUUGAAGGGACCGGCGGCCGGGAACUGGGAGCUUCGGCAGUGUGUGAGGGGGGAGGUGGGCGGUGUGAGGAAGACCCGUGGCCGGGAGCCCGAAACCUGCUUAGGCAAGCAUAAAAGCUUCAUUUCCUUAAAAAUAUUUUUAUAUUUCAGGUCAUCUGAUGAAUCUCAUGUUACCUUUGAUGUGGAUUCUUUUACAAAAGCUCUGGACAGAAUUUUAGGGGCAGACUCGGAGGAGCUGGAUUCUGAUGAUGUGGAUGAGGAGGAGGAGUUUGGUUUCUCAGCUGAGGAUGAUGAGGAGCUGGAUGCUGGGAAUGGAAGGCAGGAGCAGAAGGUGUCUCCUGAGGAGCUCGUGGGCAGUCUCAAGGCGUACAUGGAGGAGAUGGACCGUGAGCUGGCACAGAGCAACGUUGGGAAAAGUUUCAGCAGCCACAAGAGAGGGGCAGGUUCUGUUGGAGCAGCCCCAUGUGAGAGUGCUGGCCCUGACUGUGGAGCUGAGGCUGCUGAGCUGGCAGCCCUGGAUGUGGACAUGAACCUGGUGGCAAAGCUGCUCGAGUCCUACAGUGCCCAGGCUGGCCUGGCAGGACCCACCUCGAGCAUUUUACAGAGCCUGGGGGUGAAUUUACCUGAGAGCACAGAGCUCCCUGGCAGCUGAGCAAGGCAGGGAGAGCCUUGGCACAAGGCAUGGCUGCUGGGGAGAUGGAGCACAGACACACGAGCAGGAUGUGGGAGAAGAGGCCAAAGGUUUGAAUUUGGAGCAUUCUGUUCAUUCUGUGUCACUUCAGCAGAGUGAAUUCAUCUGCAAAAGCUUCUGUUUGCACACUGUCUUGGGUGGAAAUGAGAUUUUCCCAGUGCUAGCACAAUUUCAGAAAACUGAAAAAUUAUGUCGAAUGCAUGACUCAAAUGAUGUUUUCUAUUAUUACAAAACCCCUCUCCCAUUUUUCCUUUCAGUGAUCCAAUUUGCCACAUUUCUAAAAUGCCCUUUUACCCAUGGCUGAGUGGGUUCAAUAUCUGGGGAGCAGUUCUUGUUCUGAAAAUGCUGCUGCCUUCAGGGGCAGGUGGGGAAAUACCACAUGGCAGGGAGAGUAAUUGGAUCAAAUG